AGACGCCAGCGCCAGUUUGCCGCCAACUGUAGCCCAAACUUCAUGUCACUGCCGCGAACCUGAACGCACCCAUAACGAAACUCUUUUCACACAAACUUUUUGAAUUAAGUGACAGUUGUUUUUUUAAUUACGUCUAAUAUAAAGGUGCAUUGAAUGUAAGUCCAGAAAAAAAUUAAGAAGUGAUAAAUUAAUACUGUUUUUUGUAAAAUAUUUUUGGGUCAAAGUUGGUGCCGUUUUUUUUUUUUUUUUGAUGCCGUGAUGCAUCGAGUGCUGUGUGCAUUGUUGGAUGUUUUAAUCGAGUUUUGGUGAUCGAGCCUGCUCCGUCCGGUGUCGCAGGGCGUGAUGGAGCACGCGCUGCAGCACCGCGAGCGCGCCGGCGUGCAGGACUUUGUGCUGCUGGAGGACUACAGAUCCGAGGCUGCAUUCAUCGACAACCUGCGUAAACGGUUCAACGAGAACAUCAUAUAUACGUACAUCGGAAAUGUUUUGAUCUCCGUCAACCCGUACAAAAACUUGCCCAUCUACACUGAGGAGAAGGCGAAGCUUUACUACAAGAAAGCUUUCUUUGAAGCUCCGCCGCAUGUGUUUGCAAUUGCAGACAAUGCCUACCGAUCGCUGGUUUAUGAGCAUCGAGAACAAUGCAUCCUUAUUUCGGGUGAAUCCGGUUCAGGAAAAACCGAAGCUUCGAAGAGAGUUCUAGAAUAUAUCGCAUCAAGAACAAACCAUCUUCGCAAUGUUGAGACUGUCAAAGACAAACUACUACAGAGUAAUCCGCUCCUCGAAGCGUUCGGAAACGCUAAAACACAUCGUAACGAUAACUCAAGUCGUUUCGGCAAAUACAUGGAUAUUCAGUUCAACUUCGAAGGUGCGCCAGAAGGAGGCCAUAUCUUGAACUAUCUUCUAGAAAAAUCUAGAGUCGUAAGUCAAAUGUCUGGAGAAAGGAACUUCCAUAUUUUCUAUCAACUACUGGCUGGUGCUAGCCAAGAUUUGCUGAGGCAACUGAAGCUGCAAGGAAGACCGGAAGCUUACAAGUAUACGACGGACAUGCAAUCGUCAGUAAGUCAGAAGGCGAGCGACGCGGAGCAGUUCCGCGUGGUGCAGGAAGCGAUGAAGGUGAUAGAGAUAGGCGAGGCGGAGCAGCGCGAGAUGUUCCAAAUCGUCGCCAGCGUGCUGCAUCUCGGCAACGUCAAGUUCGUGCAGAACGAUAAGGGAUACGCUGAGAUACUGUCGCAUGACGCUAACAGUGGAAACGUAGCCGAUCUCCUAAAAGUGGACUCAUUGAAACUCAGGGAGAGUCUAACAAGUCGAACGAUAGACGCUCGGGGCGACGUCGUCAACACUCCGCUAGACUUGGAGCAGGCGCAGUAUGCGCGGGAUGCGUUAGCUAAAGCCAUCUACGACAAGCAUUUCAGCUGGCUUGUGUCGAGACUUAACGCAUCCCUCACCCCUAAGGAGAAAGAUCCCAGAGCUUCUGUUAUCGGUAUUCUGGAUAUCUAUGGAUUUGAGAUCUUCCCGAAGAAUAGUUUCGAGCAGUUCUGUAUCAACUUCUGCAACGAGAAGCUGCAGCAGUUGUUCAUCCAGCUGACGCUGCGCCAGGAGCAGGAGGAGUACCUGCGCGAGGGCAUCGAGUGGGAGCCGGUCGACUAUUUUAACAAUAUCAUCAUCUGCGACCUGAUAGAAGCCAGGCACAAAGGUAUAAUCUCAAUCCUGGACGACGAGUGCCUGCGGCCGGGCGACGCGACUGACGCCAGCUUCCUCGACAAGCUGACGCAGCACCUCGACGGUCACAAGCACUUCAAGUCGCAUCGCAACCUCGACUCCAGGACACAGAAACUCAUGGGCAGAGAUGAGUUCUGCCUGGUGCACUACGCGGGCGAGGUGACGUACAACGUGAGCACGUUCCUGGAGAAGAACAACGACCUGCUGUUCCGCGACAUGCAGGCGCUCAUGGCGCGCAGCGACAACGCCAUCGUCGGCACCUGCUUCAAGGAUUCAAAAUUAAUGAGCAAGAAACGUCCGGAGACGGCGAUUACUCAGUUCAAGAACUCCCUCAACGACCUCAUCAAGAUCCUGAGCAGCAAAGAGCCCUCAUACAUCCGCUGCAUCAAACCUAACGACUUCAAGAUGCCCAUGCAAUUCGAUGACAAGUUGGUAUCACAUCAAGUGAAGUAUCUCGGUCUGAUGGAGAAUCUGCGCGUGCGGCGCGCCGGCUUCGCAUACCGCAGGACUUAUGAGGCCUUCUUAGAGAGGUACAAGUGUUUGAGCUCAGAGACGUGGCCGAACUACCGCGGUGCAGCUCGCGACGGCGUGCAGUGCCUCGUCAGUGUCCUCAACUAUGAAAAGGAGGAAUACCGCAUGGGCAAUACCAAGAUAUUCAUCCGAUUCCCGAAGACAUUAUUCGAGACAGAAGACGCAUAUCAAUUGAAGAAGAACGACAUCGCGACGAUAAUCCAGAGCCGGUGGCGCGGCUUCCGGCAGCGGCAGCGCUACCUGCGCAUGCGCCGCGCCGCCGUCGUCAUACAGAAGUGGGUGCGCCGCUUCCUCGCGCAGCGCCUCAGGGAGCGCCGCCGCCACGCCGCGCAAGUAAUCCGCGCGUUCAUCAAAGGUUUCAUAACUCGCAACGGUCCCGAAACGCCGGAGAACCGUCGUUUCCUCGGCAUCGCGAAGGUGCACUGGCUGAAGCGGCUGGCGGGGCAGCUGCCGCGCCGCCUGCUGGACCGCAGCUGGCCCGCCUGCCCCGCCGUCUGCCGCCACGCCUCCGCGCAGCUGCAGCGCCUGCACCGCGCCGCACUCGCGCGCCAGUACCGCCUCGCGCUCUCGCCUGAUGAUAAGAAGCAAUUCGAACUGAAGAUACUCGCUGAGAGUAUAUUUAAAGGCAAGAAGAACAGCUACCCGAGCAGUAUCGGCGAGCGCUUCGUGACGGACAGACUGACAGGCGAGCACCGCGUGUUGCGGGAUACCUUCAUGGCCUCGCCCGCCUGGCCCUCCGGCGAGCAGCUCAUUUACUCGUGCGAGGCGGUGAAGUACGACCGGCGCGGGUACAAGCCGCGGGCGCGCGGGCUGCUGGCGUCGCAGCGCGCGCUGUACGUGGUGGACGCGGCGGCGCGCAAGACGUACAAGCUGAAGCACCGCCUGCCGCUGGACAAGCUGCGUGUCGUCGUCACCAACGAGACGGACCAGCUCGCCCUCAUCAAGAUACCCCAGGAACUUAAGAAGGAUAAGGGUGACCUGAUCAUCUCGGUGACACACUUGAUCGAGGCUCUCACAAUCGUCACUGACUACACAAAGAAGCCAGAACUCAUCGAGAUCGUCGACACUAGAACCAUCGCCCACAAUUUGGUAAACGGCAAGCAGGGCGGCACUAUCGAGGUGACCAACGGCCCGCAGCCCGCCAUACAGCGCGCCAAGAGCGGCAACCUGCUCGUUGUGGCAACACCAUGAGGCAGUACCAGCUCAGUAUUACGAGAAGGAUAACAACGACCCAACACUAGUUGUAUUAACGUAAACUGUAAUUGUUAUUUAUAAUUUAUUUUAAACAAAUUAUACAUUUUUGUUAAGUUAUACAAUUUUUUAUAUUA